GCAAUGACCACAGCAAGGUAUCGGCCCACAUGGGACCUGGCCCUGGACCCACUGGUGUCUUGCAAGCUCUGUCUCGGGGAGUAUCCAGUGGAGCAGAUGACAACAAUAGCCCAGUGCCAAUGCAUCUUCUGUACUCUGUGCCUGAAACAGUACGUUGAGCUCUUGAUCAAAGAAGGCCUAGAAACUGCAAUUAGCUGCCCUGAUGCUGCCUGCCCUAAACAGGGCCAUCUACAGGAAAAUGAGAUUGAGUGCAUGGUUGCAGCUGAGAUUAUGCAAAGAUAUAAAAAGCUACAAUUUGAAAGAGAGGUGCUCUUGGAUCCCUGUCGGACUUGGUGCCCUGCGUCCACCUGCCAGGCUGUGUGCCAGCUACAGGAGAUGGGACUGCAGACCCCUCAGCUGGUGCAGUGCAAGGCUUGUGACAUGGAAUUCUGCUCCUACUGCAAAGCCAGCUGGCACCCCGGUCAGGGCUGCCAAGACACCAUGCCAAUCACCUUCCUUCCAGGGGAAACCAGUUCUACUUUCAAAAUGGAAGAGGACGAUGCGCCAAUCAAACGCUGCCCCAAGUGCAAAGUCUACAUUGAACGUGAUGAAGGCUGUGCCCAAAUGAUGUGUAAAAACUGCAAACACGCCUUCUGCUGGUACUGUCUUGAGUCUCUUGAUGAUGAUUUCCUCUUGAUACAUUAUGACAAAGGCCCCUGUCGGAACAAGCUGGGCCACUCCAGGGCUUCUGUGAUCUGGCAUCGGACGCAGGUCGUAGGCAUUUUUGCUGGGUUUGGGCUUCUGCUCUUAGUUGCUUCACCUUUCCUGCUCCUGGCAACUCCAUUUGUACUUUGCUGCAAGUGCAAGUGCAGUAAAGGGGAUGACGACCCGUUACCCACCUAG